AGGAGGCAAAGAGUUAACCGCGGGGUGAGACGCAUUUCUAUUAAUGCUGGCGUUCGCGAUGCCGCGCGCUUAUGCGCGAACGCGUCCCUCUCCGGGUCAGGCGGCGGAUUCCCUGAGUUCGCGCGGUCCCGCACCUGCGGGUCACCAUGUUACCGACCGCGGGCGUGUGACAACCGACCGACCGGCCGGCGAACCGGGGCUCAGCUUGGACGCCCCCGAGCUACGCGCUCAACUCCCUAAAAUCCUUGCUCUCUUUAUCUUAGGCUGUCUCUUUAAGACAGCGAUACCAUGUCUGACUAAUUCUAUGUAACUGUAGCCCAGUGCGUUUUGCACUGAGAAAGCCUAUUUAUCGCCGUUUUGGCUGAUUGUUAGAGCGAUAAAACGAGCGACGGGGGAUCUAAACAGCGCUCAGCAGAUUGUUCUUAUGCAGAGGAUAUUUUAAUUAAUAUAAGUUUUCGUCUGAAGACAGUUUUGAAUGCUUGUGUUUAAUGAUGUUAUGAAAUUUCCUGGGAAAAAGUAAUUGUUUAUAUUUUAAGGAAAACAGGGGCUGAGGGAAAACAAUCAUAAUCUCCGACAGCGCACUGAAAUAUAUCUUUAUCAUAUUAAUUGAAUAAGAAGGCUUAUUCGUGACAAGGGGCAGACUGAACAAAAGGUUGCUAGCGAUAUCUUCAAGAGAUGUCGUCGGAAAAACACGGAGGGUACCAAGGUCUGGACGAGGUGGGACGUCAGGCGAUGUCUCAGCCAAUGACUCAGAUAUUGCCCCCACCUUAUCACCCCUCCCAAGAUCCCACUAUGCCUCCCCACCCCCCUCCACCUGCCUGUGGCCCUCAACCCAACUACCCCCCACCCCCACCACCGCCUGCCUCCGAGGGUUACGUCCAGGAGACCCAGUUUCACUGUGGCACGCUUGGUGCCCCUGGGGCAUCACAGGGCUACACUGUUCAGACACAGGGAGCAGGGGGGGUGGUUCCCCAACCCCCAGCGGGGUACCUUCACCCUGGAUACCCCCUGCAAUUACAACCCUGCACCGCUUAUGUUCCUGUUUACCCCAUAGGCACAUCGGGACAGCCCUACAUACAGGGGGGCGGCACCCAUCCGGGGGUUGCCCCAGGGCAGAUGGCCAUGCAGAUGCCCCCCGGGAUUGCCCUGAUGGAGCCUCGUCGGGCUCCUCACGAUUACCUGCCCAUCGCCGUCCUGACCACGGUUUGCUGCUUCUGGCCCACUGGCAUCAUCGCCAUCAUCAAGGCUGUGCAGGUGCGCACAGCUGUCGCUCGGGGUGACAUGGUUACCGCGGAGAUCGCGUCUCGCGAGGCGCGCAACUUCUCCUUCAUCAGUCUGGCGGUGGGCAUCGCUUCCAUGGUCCUGUGCACCAUCCUGACCGUCGUGGUUAUCAUCGCCUCGCAGCACCAUGACGAUGACUGGGAGCCGUAGGCGUGGGGCGAGAGAUGGUGGGGGGGGCUGCUGAUUGAAUUGCUAACUGACUGACUGAGCCAGUCACAGACUGAGCUGCUAAUUCAGACGUGAGCUCAUUAGCGGACAGGACGCCCCUAGCAACCCUGUCUUUGGCCCCGCCCCCCUACAUUUACACUCCAUCCCAGCCCUGGGAUCGCUUCUCCCUUCCAGAGACAUCGCUGUACAGAGGUUUACAGUCCUAGUAUUUCCGUAAUUGCCAAAUACGUCAUGAGGCAUAACUCACCUAUAAUGUACUAUCAAAUUUACGUUAUAUAUAUAUAUAUAGAGGUAUUAUAAUAUUGAAAACCUUGUGUUUUCUGCUUGUUACAUUCUUAAUUUAUUAGCUGCAUAAACGUCACUGGUUGAACAUGUAUUGAUUUACUUUGAAGACGUGCCAUAUAACUUUUAUAUUUUGAAUUAAUAUUAUUGGAACAAUCAUUAAAUUACACAAAAGGCACAAGUAGUCCUAAAUACUGCUUGGGUUGGUAGUCAUAUUCCUAAAUGGUUAAAUGCUAGGUUAUUAUUGAUUAGAUUGUGAUGUAACCAGAUGUUCUGCUGAGGCUAUAAGUGUACAGUGAUUUGUUGCCAAAAUGCAAUGCUUAAGCCUCGCGUGGCAUCAACUGAUGAUCCUGGUUUCACCCAACUGGGAAAAGGUCACCCAGUCUGCCUGGCCAGCAGGGGGUGCUGUGGCCCAUGACCUCUAGGUAAGGGCGAUGAGCUGGAGUUGAUAGGGCUACCAGAAGGGAUGAAACAUCAAAAGAAGAUGGCAGGUUCUGAAUCUGUUACUAUCUGAAAUUGCCAAACAUAGAAAUUGCUGCAUGUAGUCCCCUUUUGGCAAUAGACUGAUCAGGUGAUACAUGCAAACGUGACAAACGACUGACCAACCAGUCUUACACUUAUAUGUUUCUUGCAUUUAGUCAUAAGAGCUGCAUCAGAUCAGCUCGUGUAACUAAAUACCAAGAGUUUAAGGGCCUUGCGUAUGUUCGGACAGUGAAAAGUCUUGUGAGUUGGUGUUACUGUCAAAUACUGUAUUUAUGGCAAGAUCCUUAUAACUGUGCAGCCUCCUGAUCUCCUUCCCCUUAGACGAUCAUUUAGGAGAGAAAAGCUUAUGUAGUGAGUAAAAUAUUAAUAAAAUCACAGAUGACUUGACUAAGAUUGCUGUUACUGAUGACAAUGACAAUAUUCCAUUUGAAUACAGAGCCAAGUAAUGAUCAAAAUACACCAACUCUGACUGAAGACAGAUACGCAUUUAGCUGGAAACACGGACAGCUGCUCUAGGUGGGCAACACACAGUGGUAUUGUCACAGAGUGUUACUGCGAGAAGUUGCUUGCACACGUUAUGGCAGCAGACCUCUGAAAUAUGUACUAGUGCAGUGUGUGAAAAUGUUGGCGUUGCUAUGGGCCCUCGAUAAAAGCAGUGGAUUGUCUCAGACUGUGGGUUUUUGAGGGCCGUUCAGGAUCUAAGCCUAAAUUCACAAUCAUUUUGGCUCGCUGGGUGCCAUCUGUGUCCAAGUCCAGACUCAUCUGGUCAUUUUUUAACCAUCCGUAAUUGCUCUGAUCCCAUUAUCGGUUAUGCUAUGUAUUUUUAUUAUUUAUACAGUGAAACUGCCUCUGUUUCAGAGCCAAAAUGGCUGCCGUGCCUCUAUCUUUUGACUAGAGCAACAGUUUUGAGUGAAAUGAAUGAUUAUGUUGAGAAACUAAAGAGGGAAAAAAGUCUUGUACUUUUUUUUUUUUUUUUUUUAAUUCUCUGUUCUCCAAAUGUUAUGCUUGGCCUCUAGCAAGAUAUUGAGUUAAUCUUCUUACCCUUCCCCAGUUUCUAGUAUUGAAUUUUUCUUUGUUAUGGUAAGAGUGCCGCUUAUAACCUGGUAAAAUUUAAGACCAAUGCUAUUUUUUAACUAUGUUAUAGUUCUUACAAAAGCUUUGCUUUGUGUCAGUUAUGUGAAUGAUUGCAAUGACAUAAUUUAGAGUGUGGCAGAUUUUAUCUUAUUAUUACUAUUAUUGUCAUUAUUAUUCUCGUGCAUGUUACUUAUUUGGGUUAUAUUUAAACAGGUUUCUGCUCUGAUUUUCGAUGUGUAAAUAUUCUAACUGAAAUACACGUGCAGAACCAAGGGGAACGUCUCGGUGUUCAUUCUGUAGUCCACUAGCUUACAAGUGCAAAGCGAAAUCGAGAGCUGCUUCACGUCGUGAAAAUUACAAACAGCCUUCCUGCGGUUUGAACAGUCCUUCAGUGCGUUUUCCACUUUAAUUGCUUUCCGCAUUCAUCAUACUUUCUGGUUACCAAUUAAAUUCCUUCCUCUUUA